AUGGUCGAAACGCACUAUCUUUCUGUAUCGGCAUUCAUAGCUCAUUUUAAUUCUACUUGCAUUCGUUUAGCCAAGCUAGUACAUGGUGAUCUGGAAAAUAUGAGUGAGGAGAUCCCCGAUCUAGUCCAGCAUUUUGCGUGCGUACCAAGAAUGUCAACGUCCAAUCCAGCGGAUAUUUCACUGCUUCUGCGAACUCGGGAGGACCCGGAAAUGGAAGAAGAAGACCGACAGCUUAUGGCUGAUAAGCCUCGCGGAAAGAACACAGAGGCUCUUCAAAGCCAUUCGAGUCAACAAGUACGUAGUCAAGUCCAAACCACAGAGCACACAAAUGCGGCAAUUUAA